AUGGCGCAGGUCAAGCAAGACCCCGACGCCAUGUACAUCAAGCAAGACCCAGAUGACAAGAAAAUGACUCUUGCAGACUUUGAUGACGACGACCUCUACGAAGACGCCGGAGAUCUGGACUUUGCAGCCGCAAAUCAGCAUGUGUGGAUGUCACGACUUCCCCGUCAGCUUUGGGAAAACUGGGCGCAGAUCGAUGAUGAUGAAGAAAUUGAGAUUGGAACGAUCAGGAUAGAGGGGGAGCCAAAUGACCUGAAACGGGUCAGCUUGCGACUUCACGAUCGCCCAGACAAUAAGGACAUCCCCAAAGAUUACAUCCUGCAACAACAGACCGUCACAUCCACAAAUGCCUCACAUAUGACACAAAAUACCUUUGUUUUCACGGAAAAGGACGUCCCAGGAGCUGAGAACCGGAUGGCAGUCUUCGGCGAAACACGCUCGGCCCUAUAUGAGGCCAUGAAGCGCGAUGCCCGACGAAGGGAACAGGGCAAAAAAUGGGAGCCUUACAUGCGGAAGACAGUGCCCAAGCAAACUGCACUUAUCGGACGAGUCAGCGAGGAAUUCAAUUGUCUUCCAGUGGAAAAUGAGGAGUUCCGUCGAAUCUCAGAGAGGCGCGCCCUAGAUGCUCUGAAGCCCAAAAAGGAAACCAGAUUUAUCGAGAAGAUUCCCACUCAUAUUUUGCAGUCGCGUCAUGCUCUUCCGGUGGACACAGGCAACUUUGUGCAAGCCUCAAAACUGGCCAAGGCCAAGUCACAAGAAAACAAGUCUACACGUAUUGCCCAGAACGAGCUGCUGGACAUGAUUUUCGACUGCUUCCGACAGUACCAAUACUGGCCGUUUAAGGCUCUCAAGGCGAAAACUUCACAACCAGAAGCUUAUCUCAAGCAAACCUUGGAGUUGGUUGCUCACCUAGUAAAGUCUGGAGAUUUUGCAAUGACAUGGGAGCUGAAACCAGAAGCGCGGCAAGCUAACUAUGCAACCCAAACUUCGUAUGCGAAGGCUGAGCUGGCUCCAGCACCAGAGAACUAUGAUGAUGCCUCUGAUGAUGACCCAACUGCCUCGGGUGUGGCCACGGACCAUGAUGAGAUGAUCUUUUAA